AUGUAUUUAAGUGACCGUUUCUUUCAAGAUUGGAACGUUUUGUUUUCCGGUACCACAUCCAUUAUAUACAUGUUGUCAUUUUGAAAUCUCUUUUGGAUUGUCUUCCCUCUCUUUCCUGCUAAAACUAAUUUAGUUAAAAUCAAGGAAAAAACAAUGAAAAGCUCCUCCAAUAUCUUACAUAUCCAUAUCUUCCUCUCAAAUUGUGAUUCUUUCUUUUCUUAUAAAUAUUCAAAUUUCAGUCUCUUUCGCUCUCAAUCCACACCCACACCACAACAAUUCUCUUUAUAUCAUCCCAAAACCACAAAAAUUCAUAUAUGGCCACACGCCACAACCCAGUUCCCAUUCAAAUUCUCAAUCCGAUAGCGAUAUCCACACCCCCUCAAUUAUUCACUCCCUCUUUUUAAAUCCUGCAAUCCCACUUCCACUCUCCUCCACCACCCACCACCAUGGCAGCUGAUGCUUCCCCUUCGUUCAUCUCACAAUCCCCCGAAUUCCACCCGGAGAUCUCUGUUUCCCCGCUCACCCACGACGGCCUCAAGUUCUGGCAAUUCAUGAUUGCCGGAUCAAUUGCCGGCUCCGUCGAGCACAUGGCCAUGUUUCCCGUCGACACUCUCAAAACCAGGAUGCAAGUCCUUGGUGGUGGUGGUGGUGUUGGGUCUUGCUCUGUUCAGUCCAUCAACGUCCGGCGAGCUCUUGGCUCCAUUUUGAAGCUGGAAGGUCCUGCUGGACUCUAUAGGGGAAUAGGGGCAAUGGGUCUCGGUGCAGGACCUGCCCACGCCGUCUACUUCUCGGUCUAUGAAUGGUUCAAGGAAGUUUUCUCCGGUGGAAAUUCGAACAAUUCAGCAGCACAUGCAGUCUCUGGAGUUUUUGCGACGGUUGCGAGUGAUGCUGUGAUCACUCCCUUGGAUAUGGUGAAGCAGAGGUUGCAGUUGAAGAGCAGUCCUUAUAAGGGUAUUGGGGAUUGCGUGAAAAGGGUGUUGAUGGAGGAGGGAAUUGGAGCCUUCUAUGCUUCGUAUAGAACUACCAUCCUCAUGAAUGCUCCAUUCACGGCCGUUCAUUUCGCUACCUAUGAGGCUGCUAAGAGAGGUUUAAUGGAGGUUUCGCCGGAGAGCGCGAACGAUGAGAGGUUGAUAGUUCAUGCUACAGCCGGAGCAGCUGCCGGAGCUCUGGCUGCUGCCCUGACCACCCCACUUGAUGUUGUGAAAACUCAGCUGCAAUGCCAGGGAGUCUGUGGCUGUGAUAGAUUUUCUAGUUGCUCAAUUCGGGAUGUCAUUCGAACCAUAGUGACAAAAGAUGGAUAUCAAGGCUUAAUGAGAGGUUGGAUCCCCAGAAUGCUUUUCCAUGCACCUGCAGCUGCAAUUUGCUGGUCCACCUAUGAAGCUUCAAAAACCUUCUUUCAACAACUUGAUGGCAGCAAAGAUCAGUAAAGUGAUCGAAUAAUUGUUUUCGUCUCUAAAACACCAAAAUCAAAGUGAAUAAGUCGAAGACAAAGCUCCAGCAUAACAAUGGUUCUCGAGUUUUACUUCUGUCAGCAGUAAUGGUGCAAGCUUGUUUGCCCAGGAGGACGGAAGGAUGGGAUAGAUUCAUGCUUCUGAAAAAUGUGCUCCGUCACUUCACACUUUCGGGUUAAUGUUCAGCCAUUUUCAAAGUGGAACAUCUGAAGCAAUCCCCUUUGUCCAAAUUUUCAAUCAUAUUUGUAUCUUUAGCAGUUUAUAAUAUGUACAGAAAAAUGGUUCUACUGCUUUAAUUUGUAAUAAAAUAUAACACUAUUGAGAAA